CACGCAAGGAUUCCCCCUGUAUUUUCAGUAUUGAUUUUGAUUUGAAAAGCAAAGUGAUACACUUACAAUCAGUCAUGGCUACGAGUAUAGAAAAUAAUUCAGAAAAUUCUGCAAAUAAUUGUCGUGAUCAGGAUUUAAAAGAUAAGAUACCAGCUCUACCCGAAGGAAAAACAAAGCAUUUCUUUGUUUCUUACACCAGUUUAGACAAAGAACGUGUUCAUUCAGUAAUUGAGGACGUCGAAAAGAGUUUGGUCUACAAUGUGUAUUUGAUGAACGGGACUUCCAGGGUGGGAAGGAUAUAACAGUAAAUAUACGUGAAGGAAAUGUGUCUUCAUUAAAGGUAUUACUCUUUUUAACACCAAACUUUCUCAAAAGUGGCUGGUGUAAGUAUGAAACUGACGUCGCAUUUAAAAACUCUAUGGGUUGUGGCUAUAGCUGUAUUGUGCCUGUACUGCUUGAAGAGUGUGACUUUGACCUACAUUGGUGCAACUAUUCCGGGCCUAGACGUGGCAGCCAAAAUUGCAGCUUCACUUUGGCACCCUGCUACUGAUGACGGUUUGUUCUCUCUUCACAUUCGGGCUUUUAACAAACAAUACGAGAAUGGGUAUUGUUUUAUAAUUCCGGCUGUACGUGAUAACUUAUGUGUCUUCAGACCUGCCAAGUAUCUAUUCUUAAUUGAUGAUAACCUCAUAGAAAAAUUGAAGGAAAACAAGGUUGAGGUUCCAGAAAAUCUGUUGAAAACAACUGUCGAUCUCGUGAACAAGGAUCUCAUUAUGUGCUCAUACGAUUAUCUUUACCGGUGUAAAAAUUUUGUUUGGGGGUGCUUUCUGUUACCCCUUUUUGCGUUGAUUAUUAAAAUUUAUGAAGAUGCAUGGGUCCUUAAUACUGCUACUAGAGGAAGGAAAAAUGAGUAUUCACCGGAUGACUUUAUAUAUUCGACAAUGACGAGCUUUCCUUCUUUCUGUUUAUUCAUUCAGAUAGUAAUUUGCUGCUUGCCUACAUGUUGUCAUAGGAAAAAACGGGAUUUCUCUCUUCAAUCUAAACUAUGGCGGAAAGUCGGUAAAGAAUGUAUUGAAAAUAAUGCUUUACUUUUGUUCACUGGAAGGAGGAACAAAAAGCCAUCUUUAUCCUUUUAAAACAUGUAUGAAUAUAUAUCAUUUCAUACGUUUUUCUUUUUAAGCAGAAAGUGUUUUGCUAUGCACAUUUCAAAGCUAAUUAUGCCCGAGACAUGCUAAUAUUUUUAUUUCCUCAAAAGAAUUGCUAAUUUCAAACGUUAUUCAUGUGUUAACUAUUUAUAUUAUCUCAGAAUCAUUAACAUUGUUUUGUGGAAAGUAUGUGUAACUGAAUGAUACUAUAUGAUUAGAUUAAUAAGUUAAAUCAUAUUUUAUUGCAUAUAGAAAUAAACAUCAUUUUUACUUACAUUUCUACACAAUAUACAAAAUACCGUAGUUUGGCCAAAUAUUUACAAUAUUAUCGAAGGCACUCCCCUAUAACAUUUUAACAUCGGUUUACAAGUCUUUCACUAAUGUUUAAAUUUUUUGAUUUUCACGUUCAAAGAAAGUUUAAAUCUUUCUUAUUGUCUUCCGAAUAAGAAAAUCCGUAUAGCCUCAUUAUUGUUUGUUGCUGUAUCAAUUUUAGCAAAUAAGCUUUGAACAUAGUUAGACUGUUGAUUCUUUGACUGUAUUCAGCUCCUUGUAAUGAGAUACAACGUAGCAAGGUGUAAGGAGUACUUUGUUGGUAUUAUCAAAUCAAGGAAUAUUAGACCGGCCGAUCGGACAUUAACACCCGAGACGUAUGCAGAUAUGUUAAUUGAAAGACAUCUUGAGCAAAGUCUUCAUAUUCUGGCAGACGACUUUGAUAUUUUAUCAGACGCUUCAUACAAUCGUCACAACGUAAAGAAAGGGAAAAUGUGCAUUUGUCAACAGCUUGAACAAGAGCUGUUAUGUUAACAACGUACUAAGUUUAACUUACAUGCAUUACAAAGUGAAUUUCAUGUGAUUCAGUUUUGCAAAGAUUAUUGUCUGCAAAUAUAAGACAAUAAUUUCCAAUAUUGGAUUGGAAUAUGUCUUAAUAAAAUGUCAAAAAUAAUUAUAAUAAUAUAACAUCCCUGUAAUGAUGUGCUUCGAGUGCACUGUCGAUACGCAAUAAGAUAAGUUUCAGAAUAUUUUUUCCUCUAAGAAACAUGUUUUGUAUAAGUUCAUAUUAAAAGCUUACUUUUGAUAUUAACAUUGUUUAGAGCUUUGAAAUUAUAUAAUCAUUAUGGGAUUGUUUGGUUAUUGACAGAAAGCCGUGCUAACGAUACCAUUUUUAUGACGAACUCUACGUUUUUGCUUAAUAUAGACGUCGAAUGUGUUUUGACAUUUGAUGACAACGGAAAGCGGGUUGAAAAUGUUGAUGAAAAUAUAUUAAGCUAUGCCAAAAAGAUUGGACUACAACUUACAUCAUCCGAUAUUGAUAAAUGCCACAGAAAGGGCCUACCUAAAUUAAACUAUAACCAUUAGCUAAUAGACAACUUCACCUUUUCUAAAGCCAGAGAAACAAAUCAAUCCUAGAAAGAAAUAAGACUAAGGAAUAUUUGUUCAAGGCAAUCUGACCCCUUACCGCGAACAUUUAGAAGUUGAAGCAAGACAACAUUACCGAUCUAUUUUGCCACAUGAAAAUAAAUACAGUGCAGUAAUGUUAUUAUACAAGUUUUUAUAAUUUCCUUACAAAGCAAACGAUAGGGUCUUUUCAAGUCUUAUAAAUAUUUUUUAGAACUACAUUGUACUAUUUUUAGAAUAAUUGAAUUCACUUAUGUGUUAACUUGUUACAUCAUUGUUAAUCUAACUAUGUAUGCGUAUGACAAAGUGUCAUAUACAUAUUUUCAGGUUAAUCUAUUUAUGAAGUUAGACAAUCUUAAAGCCUUGAGUUGACUAAAAUAUAGCUUGUGUAAUGGUAACAUCUUUGAAAAUUUAAUAGUAUAUGUAACAGAAAACAUAUUGUAAGUAUAUACUAUUUUAAUCGAACAUGAUAAUCGCUCAGGUUUUUUGUUUUGCCUUUUCUUCUACAGAUAAAAGCAAAACCUUUUGCAAGUAGUGUUUGAUAAGGGUACUUGUUGUGGGUUUAGUUUUUCUUGUUGAUAUCAGAAAAGCAUAAACAUGAUAUUCUGUUACGUUUUCUUUUGUUUUUGUUUUUAAUUAACAAAGGGAAGUAAAACCUUUGGUCUGUCAAGUGUUUGAUAGGAGUACCUGUUAUUUCCCUUCCAUUGAAAGAUAUAUUAGCAGAUAAUUUGUGCUUAAAAUUUUGGACAAUUUUCUUUAUUUGGGAACUGCCAAUUUGUUUUUUACAAACAUUAUACUGAUUCGCAGAUUUGGAUCAUUUGACUCAUCUUAACCUUACAAAUCCGUUUGUUUUGUUUUUCGUAAAUGAACGAUGUAUCAUGGAUGUUUCUUUUUCUUGUUGAGAGCAAAAAAAAAUCUAGUAUACUAAUACAGUAUUUUGGCGAGUGUUUGAUCGUUUAAUGAUAAAACAUUCGUUUUAAUUUUCAAUUAUCAUUGGCUGAAACCGGUAUGUAAAUUCCAUGAAGUCGGAUA